AUCGGGAGUAUCAACCAGGUCUUCCAACGGUCUUCUUCUAGCAAGAACAAGCUGUUUGUUUGGGCAUACACGUAGCGUUUGGAAAAGAGAAAAAGAAGAUGUUCAAAUUUUGUUUGCUCUUGUCAGUCGCUUUGAUGUUCCAAGCCGGCCGUGCUUGCGAUGGUAAUAACGAGGCGGAGCAACUAGCGGCUGCCAGACAAGAAUCAGACGAGUACUUUGCAAGUGCCUAUGGAUUCGAUUCGGCUCCGUGGGGAUCUUCUGACUACCAACCCAGCGCUCGUGUUCAAGGGUAUGUCAACCCAUAUGAAGGCCGCUCACCUCAAAACAGGGUGCAAGCCAACUACAAUCCGUUCAAGAAAUAUUUCAGUAAGUAUAUAGCUUUAAUACAUCAAUCUUACAUAAACACAAAACUAAUACAACAUUUUGUUUUAGACAUCGCUAAUGAAAACGAUCAGCCAGAAGGUCGUUUCGCCCUCGGUGGUUUGGGUGCCAACAUUAUCAAUACUGGCCUUUUCAACAACCGAUUCACCCCAGCGAAUACUUGGAGGCCCUUCUCCAGCCUUUCCAACCGAAUCCCGGUUACGGUGAAUCCUAAUUUUAAUAACCCACUAUCCAACUUCGAUGCCUGCACAUCGCCCAGCGGGGACUCUGGAAUCUGUGCGCCAGGAUCCGUCUGUUCUCUCUUCGGUGGACGCCCUAGUGGUUCAUGUGUAUUGGGCAAAGUUUGCUGCAUCAAUGCGAUUACCACUUGCGGAGGAACUGUCACUUUGAACAACACAUACUGGCAAUCUUCAUCCACACCAGUUAGCGCACCCUCCACUUGUGCCUUGACUGUCCGUCUGGAUACUAAACUGGUGGAACAAUUAGCAAAACCCAUUUGCCAAAUUCGAUUGGAUUUCGUUUCAUUCACGACGCAACAGCCGACAGGUGGAACAUGCACAGAUUCCUUUAUAGUUGGCGGAUCCACGAACGUAGUUCCGAUUAUUUGCGGCGAUAACAGCGGACAGCACAUGUACAUUGAUGUUUCGUCUUCUGCCCUUACUCCAACUGAUGUUCAGCUCAUGUUUAAUUUUGCGGCCGGGACAGCUACUCGUACAUGGAACAUAAAAAUCGCUAUGCUCCCAUGCGGUGCCUCCUACCUAGCUCCUCCUGGUUGCCUCCAAUAUUUCACUGCUUCUUCUGGCAGAGUAAGGUCGUUUAAUUGGCAAGACGUCGCCCCUACUGCAAAUCCACGCCAGCUCAACAAUCAAAAUUACAACAUUUGUUUCCGGACUGAACUUGUUACGGGACAGAGAGCAACCCAGAUGUGCUUGACCCCUUGCACGGUAACUCCAGGGGCUGUUCCGUUCGCUUUAACAGCCGUCGCCACUGCUGCAGCUAGUGCAGUUGUUGGCACGGUUGCCGAUACUUGCUAUUACGAUUUCCUUGCUAUAGUAGGCGGAACCAACCUCGCAACCGCCGCUACAGCGGAUCGUUUUUGUGGUAACGCACUGAACCCAACACCGGCUGGAACCAACGUCGAAGUUUGCACCAGGGUUAGGCCUUUCAGGAUUACUUACGUAACUGAUGGUACCGAAGCUCUCAUCCCUGCAGUCGUUGCUCCCCCUGUAGUAAGUGCGGUAGCAGAUGUAAGCAAUGUUGGAUUUUGUCUGGACUACCUCGAACGAUAAGGAAAGACGUUACGAACACGGUGCUUGAUAUUUCAUCAAUAACAAAGAACCUAUCAUACAAUGUUAGCGUGGUGGUGGACUCUCGUAGAAUUUUCUUUUAAUAUCAAGAAUACGUUGGGAGUAAUUCGACUUCUAUAGGCAUGAAAUAAUGGUUUCUUAUGAUUGGAUCGUGUCGUUUUCACACUUUGUCAUCGAGUCCAAAGAAUUAAGCGUCAGCUCCAGUUCUUAUUUUUUCGACUUUCCCUGAAACGAAACAUAGGGGACAUUUAUUGAUCCCUCAUCUACCAUGUCUGUUUUCCUUCAUUGUGGUUUCUACUUCGGUCUGAUUUGCCUUAUCUAACCUUGAAUUGUCUCUUUAAAAACGUAUUCCAAUGUGGAACAUUUUCUGACCCCUGCUCCAGAUUAAAAUAAACAGCAUAACUAAACAGAA